AAUAUGGGCGUGUUCAAGACAUUUGGCAGCAACUUUUGCUGCUUUCACACAAGGUUCGGAUCCUAGUCAAGAUGCAAAGGCUGGCUGUGUUCUGCUGGACUGUGCUGGUUUUGGUCCACACAGGAGGCACCCUAGCCCCUUCCAGCAGCUACGAGUGCAGUCCCUCCGACCAGGGAUUGUUGUGUGCUGACGGCAAGCGUUGCUGUCAUGAGGGUCACCGCUGCAGUGCAGACAGCCUCUGGUGCAUCAAACAAGAGCUCCCGUCAGUCGUCAUGUGCGGUGACUUGGUGUCUGAGUGUCCCAAUGCGAACACUUGCUGUGAGAAACCAGAUGGCAGUUGGGGAUGCUGCCCCGUUCCGAAGGCUGUGUGCUGUGAAGACAAGGUCCACUGCUGCCCUGAAGGCACCUCGUGUGACGUUGAACGCUCCAGAUGUGUCUCCCGGUCCUCCUUGGAGGACACACCCAUGUGGGACAAGCUGCCUGCCAGGAAGCGGGCCGACUGGGAGAACCAGAGAGCCAAUCCUGUCCCGUGCAGUACUAAGGCCUUCUGCCCAGAUGGCUCCACAUGCUGCAGAAACCAAGAAGGCAACUGGUCCUGCUGUCCACUACCAAAGGCGGUCUGCUGCUCUGAUUUAAUACACUGCUGCCCUGAAGGGUACACCUGCAACACGGCCGCUCAGACCUGCGAUAUGGACUCUGGGUCUGUGGCCUGGCUGGAGAAAGCCCCCGCACUUCCUAAGCAGGAUGUGGUUUGCGACAACAAGCACACCUGUGAAGAAGGCUCCACCUGCUGUAAGAACUCGGCAGGACAGUGGGGAUGCUGUCCUUUACCUCAGGCCGUGUGCUGCGAGGACGGAGAUCACUGCUGCCCAGCCCACUACAAGUGUGACGAGCAGAGGUCCAAGUGCAUUCUCCAGGGCGUGACGAUCCCGUGGUACGCCAAACGUCCGGCCGUCUCCACCGAGACCCCUCCGCAGACCCCCGGCUCUGCCUUCAAGCCGCAGCAAGUGCCGUGUCAGGAUCACAGCACGUGCCGAGAUGGACAGACUUGCUGCAAGAUCUCAUCAGCAGCUUGGGGAUGCUGUCCUCUUCCUAACGCGGUGUGCUGCAGCGACAUGGAGCACUGCUGUCCUUCCGGGUUCACUUGCACAGCAGCUGGCCGAUGCAUUCGGGGCCCCGAGUUUCUGUGACAUCAAUGGCAACAACUGAAAAUACUCUUGUAACUGCUGCAACUGUGACUGUAUGAAAUAAAAGGGAAAACAUCA